AUGAAUUAUUGCAGAAAUGCUCAUCCAAUUGCUAUAGAGUUUAUAUGUAAAAAUGUAGAUUAGUUGUUAAAUAUUUUAUUUGCUGAUUAUAAUUUAAUUCCAAAAGAAUAAUUAUAGCAGUACAGUGAAUAAAUCAAUAAUAUUUGGGAGAUUAUUGAAUUGAAUUUAGAACCCAUUCUAAAAUAAAUUGAAGUUAAUAUUGCUUUAAUAUUUAGAUUCAUUGGUAAAUCAUUUUCGAAUUACGUUGGAAAUAAUUCGUCCCUGAUAUCUAAUGGGGUCUAGCAUACAAAUUAAUGAAUCUCGUCAAAGAAAGAGACCAUGCAAUUCUCUAAGACUUAUUAAAAUCAUAGGACUUUUUGGUUUCCUUUUUACCAUUUCUAAGCAUUCAUAGUGUAUCCUAAAUAUUGAUAGCAUUUUUUGAAAUUGGAUUCCACUCAUCGCAAAUAGAUUUUUUAAAGAAGGGGUUAGAGUUUUUCCAAAAAUAGGAUGUUUUAAGCAUUGUAAAUUAUACAUACAUUGUACAUGAAAUUAUGACAAGAAUCCUAAUAGAUUAAUAGAUGGAAUAUAUCUUAAAAGGAGAAUUCCUCAAAACAACAUUUGAAGUGGUAGUUUAAGACAAUUAAGAUCCUAUGUAUAAUAUUAUCUAAAUAUAGAAUAUAAAAAAAUGCUGCUCAUAUAAUUUCAUUAAUCUCAAAUUAUUACACAAUGGAUAUGUAAAAUAUCAAUAUUGAUGAUCCAGAUUCCCAGGAUAUAAUAACUCAAUUUAAGCAAACCCCUUUUUUUGCCAAUUUUGAUAUCUCGAAAAUUGGGUAAAUAUUCCAGAAAGCAGUUUCUAAGAAGAUUAAAGUUGGAUUAUUUAUCAUCAAACUUGUUGAAGUACGAGAAAGACUAUUAUUAGAUAAUAGAUAAUUUAGUUCGAAUAACGGAUUUGUAAAUAUGGGAUAAAAUAGCUGAGUCUAACAUUAUGGGAUUAAUUUUUUAAUUGAUGAAUCAAUUUGUAAAUGCAGACAUUUUCUCAAUAUAUGUAGAAAACAUGGUAAUUUUUAUUUUUGAUAAUGCCUUAAAUGAUUAUCAUCCCUUUUGGGCAUAUUAUCUCAUUUCUAGAUAUAAGUUAUAAAAUAAAAAUAUAGGCCAUCUAUAUAGAUUAAUAGAUUAAUUUGAUAAAAAUUUAGACCAGAAACUUUCUCGGGAUGAAGACACUUUGCCAUAUACGGACACAUUGAGAUUGAUUUAAAAUGAAUUGAAAACUUCAAAGGUAUGGAAUAUUAAAAAAAAAUUAAUUAUGAACCAAGAUGAAAGAAAUGCGACUAGAUUAGGAGAAGAUAAUGGUACUCCCAAAAAGGAGGAGUAGAUAACUAAAUUGUUAAUUGAAUAACAUUUACUUUAGGAUGAAGAACAAGAGUCAAGGGGUAACACUGCUCUAGAAAUUAGAAGUAAAUAAAGCCAUCAUACAAAUCCAAAUUAUUUAUUUGAGAAUAUUUAAUUGAAUGUUUUUGAUAACAUAACUUUAAGUAAGAAUGAAUGCGAAUUUGAUUGUCAUUCCUAAAGUGAAGAAAACGAUAAGAACAGCAGCCAAAUUCCUGAAGACCCAUCAGAUAAGCAAGACAAUUAAUUUGAAUAAAGAUUGAGCAUUCAAUCAAACAAGAAUUUAUUCUAAAGAACAAAUAAAAAGUUUAUUGGAAUGUCAUCUUCUUUGUAAUAUGAAGAAAGAAAAGAGAAGAUUUUGAGUGGCUCUUUGUAAAAUGUCUUCGAUAAUUCUUAAAUAGCUUACAAAAGAGUAAGCUCACUUAAAUUCUCUUAAGAAUUUAGGAAAGAAAAUAAUAGUUUCUAGGAAUUUAAAAUAGAAAUUUUGAAAAAUAAAAAAGUGUUAAAAUAACAUGAUAACAGUAUUUUAAAAGUAGAUGAAAUUGAUUAAGAAAUGAAUUCGAUUGCAGAAUUGCAAGAGCAGGAUAAAUCAGAUUCAUAAUAACAAAAAUAGUAAAAUUCUUUAAUUUAUUUGAAUAAUCAAAAUAAGUUCACAUGA